UGCCACUGAGGCCAGCAUGGGUCGGAAGGUGACCGUGGCCACCUGCGCGCUCAACCAGUGGGCCCUGGACUUCGAGGGCAAUUUGCAAAGGAUUUUAAAGAGUAUUGAAAUUGCCAAAAACAAAGGAGCAAGGUACAGGCUUGGACCAGAGCUGGAAAUAUGUGGCUAUGGAUGCUGGGAUCACUAUUACGAGUCAGACACGCUCCUGCAUUCGUUUCAAGUCUUGGUGGCCCUUCUGGAGUCUCCUGUCACUCAAGAUGUCAUCUGCGACGUGGGCAUGCCCGUGAUGCACAGGGAUGUGCGGUACAACUGCAGGGUGAUCUUUCUCAACAGGAAGAUCCUGCUUAUCCGCCCCAAGAUGGCCUUGGCCAACGAAGGCAACUACCGGGAGCUGCGCUGGUUCAGCCCUUGGUCCAAGAGCCGGCAGGUAGAGGAGUACUUCCUCCCUCGGAUGAUCCAGGAGGUGACAGGGCAGGAGGCUGUCCCCUUUGGGGACGCUGUGCUGGCCACUCGGGACACCUGCAUCGGGACUGAGAUCUGCGAGGAGCUCUGGACACCCCACAGCCCACACAUCGACAUGGGCCUGGACGGCGUGGAGAUCUUCACCAAUGCCUCGGGCAGCCACCACGUGCUACGCAAAGCUCACACCAGGGUGGAUCUGGUGUCCAUGGCCACCGCCAAGAGUGGCGGCAUCUACCUGCUGGCCAAUCAGAAGGGCUGUGAUGGGGACCGCCUGUACUAUGACGGCUGUGCCACCAUUGCAAUGAACGGCAGCAUCUUCGCCCAGGGCUCCCAGUUCUCCCUGGAUGAUGUGGAAGUCCUCACGGCCACCCUGGACUUGGAGGACGUCCGGAGCCACAGGGCACAGAUCUCCUCACGGAAUCUGGCGGCUAGCCGAGUGGACUCCUACCCCCGAGUGAGGGUGGAUUUUGCCCUCUCGAACCAUGAUGACCUGCUGCUGCCGCUCUCCGAGCCCCUUGAAUGGAAGUACCACAGCCCCGCCGAGGAGAUAAGCCUCGGGCCCGCCUGCUGGCUCUGGGACUUUUUGAGACGUAGCCGACAGGCGGGGUUCUUCCUGCCCCUGAGCGGCGGGGUGGACAGCGCGGCCACCGCCUGCAUCGUGUUCUCCAUGUGCUGCCAGGUGUGCGAGGCCGUCAGGGACGGAAAUCAGCAGGUGCUGGCUGACGUCCGUGCCAUCGUGAACCAGACCAGCUACACCCCUCAGAACCCCCGCGAGCUCUGUGGACGGCUGCUGACCACCUGCUACAUGGCCAGUGGGAACUCCUCCCAGGAGUCCUGCAUGAGGGCCAGUGAGUUGGCCCAUCAGAUUGGAAGCUACCACUUCGGUCUCAGCAUUGACACGGCCGUGAGGGCCAUCAUGGACAUCUUCAGCCUGGUGACAGGGAAAUACCCUGUGUUUGCUGCCCACGGGGGAAGCAGCAGGGAGAACCUGGCUCUGCAGAAUGUGCAGGCUCGAAUCCGGAUGGUGCUUGCCUACCUGUUUGCCCAGCUGAGCCUCUGGUCCCGGGGCGCCCGCGGGGGGCUUCUUGUGCUGGGAUCAGCCAACGUGGAUGAGAGUCUCCUCGGCUACCUGACCAAGUAUGACUGCUCCAGCGCGGACAUCAACCCCAUCGGCGGCAUCAGCAAGACGGACCUGAGGGCCUUCGUGCAGCUGUGCCUGGAGCGCCUGCAGCUGCGUGCCCUGCACAGCAUCUUGUCUGCCCCGGCCACCGCAGAGCUGGAGCCCUUGGCUGAUGGACGACUGUCCCAGACCGACGAGGAGGACAUGGGGAUGACAUAUUCAGAGCUUUCCGUCUACGGAAGGCUCCGGAAGGUGGCCAGGAUGGGGCCCUACAGCAUGUUCUGCAAACUCGUCAACAUGUGGAGAGAGAGCUACACCCCGCGACAGGUGGCUGAGAAAGUGAAGCUGUUCUUCUCAAAGUAUUCUGUGAACCGACACAAAAUGACCACGCUCACCCCUGCCUACCACGCGGAGAGCUACAGCCCUGACGACCACCGCUUUGACCUGCGGCCGUUCCUGUACCACACUGGCUGGCCGUGGCAGUUCCGCUGCAUAGAGAGGCAGGUUCUGCAGCUCGAGGGCAGCAGGCAACAGGACUUGGACAGUGUGGACUGA